AUGGACGAGGUUGACGAUAUUCUAAUUAACAACCAGGUGGUGGAUGACGAGGAGGAUGACGAAGAGAUGCUGAGUGGGCUGGAAAACGACUCAAAGCAGGACCUCGAGGGGAAUGAUGACGGUGGUGAAGAUGAAGAGGAUGACGAUGAUGAUGAUGAGGACGAUGAUGAUGACGAGGACGAACGAGAGGACGACGAUGAACAGGAGGACGACGAUGGUGAGGACGACGCCGCAAGAAUGGAUAAGACUGCUACACCGACGAAUGAGCACCAGCAUGAUGAGCAAAAGGCUGCUGCUGCUGGUGCUGGCGGUGCAGGCGAUAGUGGCGAUGCUGUUACUAAGAUUGGAUCCGAGGAUGUGAAAUUGAGCGAUGUUGAUGGAGGAGUGGGGUCCAGGGAAGCAUCUUCCUCUACACACGAAGCCUCUGCUAAUGGAGAGGUUUAUGAGUACUAUAAGCACAUGUUGAAUGCCGCACAGAUUGCGGAUUCGUACAAUAUCUACCCCACGGCAGCCAUACCCAUCCAGACGCACGUCAAUGCGUUGGCCGUGUCCAGGGGUCUCAAGUACCUGUUUUUGGGCGGUAGCGAUGGAUACAUAAGGAAGUACGACUUGCUGAACACGCUUGAGGGGAAACUUUCUCUAACUAUCCUGCAGAAGCAUUCGUUGGCUGAGUCUAUUCAGAACGCGGGUAUCUUGCAGUCGUACUGGGAAAAUGAGAUCCCGCAGAAAAAAUCAGAAAUGAAACUCUCCGCUAAUAAGACAGAUUACGAGCCCAAAGUUAGCCCCGUUCAUUCUUUGGAAGUCCAAAGCGAAUGCCUCUUUAUACUGAGCGGGCUACAGAAUGGUGGGAUUACCAUGCAGGGCGUUCGCUACAUGGAGGGGAGCAUUGCGCACUAUUUUAAGGGCAGGAAUGGACAUACCCAAAUCGUUAACAUACUGAGAUUAAACGGUCAAGAGGACAGGUUUUUGAGUGGUUCCUGGGAUAAGCGUCUUUUGGAAUGGGAUUUGCAGACGGGUGACAUAGUUAAUGAGUUUAAAAAAUCAAGGUCUGAAUUGUCAUCUUUGGAAAUGCGGCCGCUGUACUCGUCCGUGGAUGUGUCCGGUAACGUCAACAGUGGUAAAGAGAAUGAAAAUGCAGAUGACGAUAUGGAUUCUCUGUUUGGUGAUGAAGACGAAGACGAAAAGCAAGAUGCUGGCAACGAACCCGUCGAGACGGGGGAUGGUUCUAAUGGUGAAGAGAACAAAGAACAGAUAUCUGAAGAAUCUUUGAACAUAGUCUAUGAUGAAUCCGUUUUUAUGACCUCAGGGUUGAACGGUUCCGUGCAUAUUUGGGACCGACGCAUGACGCAGUCGCCAGCAUUGUCUCUGGAGAGAGGUGCAGGCGUCCCACCGUGGUGUUUGUCCGCAUGUUGGGGUGUAGAUGGUGAUCAUGUGUAUGCAGGGAGAAGGAAUGCCUGUGUGGAGCAGUUUGACUUGAAGAUGCCCUCGAAACCUAUCCAUAAUUUGAAACUGCCUUCUAUUUCAGGGCCUGUCUCUUGUGUUAAAGCCAUGCCUAAUAACAAGCAUUUACUAUGUGCAUCGCGGGAUAAUAUCAGAUUGUACAACGUUGAAAUUGCAGUAGAUGCUUCGAAUUCGACUACAAAGAGUUCUAAAGUGCCGUUCCUCAUCGUGCCGGGCCAUCACGGUGGUAUUAUAUCAAACUUAUACCUCGACCCCACUUCAAGAUUUAUAAUAAGCACAAGUGGCAACAGAGGCUGGCAGGGGAAUUCUACGGACACGACCCUUAUUUACGAUAUAGACUUAGAAUAG